GUACUCCAACCCCAGAUACUAGCUGUUGCACCGCGUCGACGAAAUAAAAGAUGCUCGUCCAAAAUGCCGAAGCUGAAGCAAGGAAAAAAGCUAUGCAAUCUUCUUCUUCCCACUACUCUCUCUUCACCUUCCUCCCUAAGGACACUCGUCACCUCUAUUGCCUUCUGAUCACAGCCGUCGCUUGCUUCCUCCUCUUCCUCCUAUCCUUCUCUCCCUCCUCCCCUUCCCCUCUCCGAUCAUCCUCCUCCUCAGCCGCCGACGGCCUCGGAUCAUCCCCUCUACCUGCCCCUCCAUCCUUCGCCUAUUUGUUGUCUGGUUCUACAAACGACGCUGAUCGCCUCAUUCGUCUAGUCCUAGCUAGCUACCACCCCAAAAACCUUUACCUUCUCCACCUUGACCUCGCCGCACCACAGGAACAGCGCGAUCGUCUUGCCCGGGAUAUCCACGCUGUCCCCGCCUUCAGAUCCUCCCGCAAUGUCCAUGUUCUUGGACGUGCGGACUUCGCUAACCCCCGCGGAUCCUCUGCUCUUGCUUCCACGAUUCACGGCGCUGCGGUGUUGUUGCGUCUUUCUGGCAGAUGGGAUUGGUUUGUCAACCUCGGAGCUGAUGAUUACCCACUCGUUACUCAGGACGAUCUUCUUCACGUGUUCUCUUUCCUUCCGAAGGAUCUCAAUUUUGUGCAACAUAGCAGCUAUGUUGGUUGGAGAGAGUCUCGUAUGUUAAAACAUGUAAUUGUUGAUCCUGGUCUUUAUCUAUCUUCCAAGGCUGAUGUAUUUUAUGCCACACAAAAGCGUGAUGUGCCAAAUGCCUACAGGAUAUUCACAGGUUCUUCUUCUGUGAUUCUUAGUCGAAAAUUUGUAGAGCACAUCAUAUUGGGUACCGACAACUUACCCAGAGCCCUUCUUAUGUACUAUACGAACUCACCAUCAUCUCACAAGAACUACCUCCAGACCGUUCUCUGCAACUCACCAGAAUUCAGUAGAACCAUUGUCAAUGAUCAUCUCCACUAUUUAAGAUCAGGCCCACCUUCAAAACAAGAUUUAAAUCUUCUAUUAUUGGAAGAUUUGAAUAACAUGACACUUAGUGGUGCUGCCUUUGGUUCAAAUUUUUAUAGAGAUGAUCCAGUCCUCGACCAAAUCGAUAAGAAGGUUCUAAAUCGUGGUCCCAGGAUGACUGUUCCAGGAGGCUGGUGUUUAGAUAGAGGUAAUAGUGAUCCAUGUAGAGUUUGGGGAAACCCUGAUGCUCUAAUUCCUGGUCCUGGAGCCACAAGGCUUGCAAGGAACGUUGUAAAACUGCUUACUAAUGAGAGCUUCCAAUCUCGUCGAUGUGCAUGGGAUUAAUACAAGGUACAAGGUACUUAUUCGUAACCAGUAAAAAUUUUGGUAUGCUUUUUCUUGUUUUAUUACAUCUGUUGAUCAGUUCAUAUCAUAUUUAUAACUUUAGCAAUCUGCAAUUUAUUGCUGCUGUGGUCAUCA